GCCACUGCUCCUCCCCGUGCCGCGCAGCUGGUCCCGCCCGGGCCCCGCCCGGCCUCUGUGGCACGCGACCCUGGCGGUGGCUGCGGCGAUAGCGCUUCGUGCGCGGAGCUACAGCCAUGGCAGCCGCCGUCGAGGGCGCCCGCAGGAAAGAGCGCAUCCUCUGCCUGUUUGACGUGGACGGGACCCUCACGCCAGCUCGCCAGAAAAUUGAUCCUGAGGUAUCAGCCUUCCUGCAGAAGCUACGAAGCAGGGUGCAGAUCGGCGUGGUGGGUGGAUCUGACUACUCUAAGAUCGCUGAGCAGCUGGGUGAUGGGGAUGAAGUCAUUGAGAAGUUUGACUAUGUGUUUGCUGAGAACGGGACAGUGCAGUAUAAGCACGGACGGCUACUCUCCAAGCAGACGAUCCAGAACCACCUGGGAGAGGAACUCCUACAGGACUUGAUCAACUUCUGCCUCAGCUACAUGGCCCUACUCAGACUGCCCAAGAAGCGUGGAACCUUCAUUGAGUUCCGGAAUGGCAUGCUGAACAUCUCGCCCAUUGGCCGCAGCUGCACCCUGGAGGAGAGGAUCGAGUUCUCGGAGCUGGACAAGAGAGAGAAGAUCCGGGAGAAGUUUGUGGCAGCUUUGAAGACAGAGUUUGCUGGCAAGGGGCUAAGGUUCUCCCGAGGAGGUAUGAUAAGCUUCGACGUCUUCCCUGAGGGCUGGGAUAAGCGCUACUGCCUGGACAGUCUGGAUGAAGACAGCUUCGACAUCAUCCACUUCUUUGGAAAUGAGACCAGUCCUGGUGGGAAUGACUUUGAGAUCUAUGCGGACCCCCGGACAGUCGGCCACAGCGUGGUCUCCCCUCAGGACACUGUACAACGAUGCCGAGAGCUUUUCUUCCCAGAGACAGCGCACGAGGCAUGACGGUGCCCAUAGCUGAGCAUUGGACCUUCAAAGAGCUCUGACCAGGCCUGAAGACAGAACCAUGGGGUGCCACGGUUCCCCUCCCACUGGCCCAACACCUAGCAUCCUGAGGGGUACUGCAGGUCACCUACACAGGACCAGGUCUGUGUGGGAACCGUCCCCAGCCAGGUGGCUCCUGACGAGACGCAUCCCUGCACUCUACCCUGAUGGCCCUGGCCUCUGACGCUGCUGGUUUUGGGGACAGAAUAGGUUUUACCACAGGGUGGCAUGGGACUUAUACUCUGGAGCCUGCUAGCCACAGACUGAUAAGGGGUGGAUUGGCAGGGAAGGGGCAUUACUCAAAGGACUUCGUCACAGACAUUAAAGUUCACAAGACAA